AUGAAGAGAUACAAUCCUUCGUACUACAGUCCCCCAAGGAGGGGAUAUAGUAGUAGAGGAAGAAGCCCUCCAAGAAGAGGUUAUGGUAGGUACAGUGGACAGAGAGAACAGAGUCAUAGGAGUCUUUUGAUCCGUAAUGUUCCUCUGAAUUGCAGGUAAUUUAUAUUUUCCGGUUGUAAAUUUUUGAACUCUUCCCAAUUUAGUACUCAUGGACAAUGUACCUUCUAUAUAUUUUCCACUGUUUGCCUACGAUGAUCAAAAAAUAUGUUGAUGGGGGCGAGGUCAUGGCCUUUUAAUGAAGCUUUUCAACUUUUUUUUUUUUUUUUUUGGGGGUCUGCAGACCAGAUGACCUCCGAGUACCAUUUGAAAGAUUCGGACCAGUAAGAGAUGUCUACUUGCCAAAGAACUACUACACAGGGUUAGCUUUCCUCGUUUCAAUUUGUCUGCUCUAGUAUGUUCUGAUGGUAGUUCGUCGAUCUUUUCGUUUUGACAACUGUAUAAUUUUUACUUUAGUUGUGCUUCUCAAUCCUUUAAUUCUAUAAAAUUGUAUGAAAGUUUAGAAUGGCUAGAAUGGCUUACGUGUCUUUAUAUGGUCGAUGACAACUGUACGAUUUGAGCUUUGCCCUAAUUUUAUGCUACAUAUUUUAUCUUCGUGUUCUCCAAUGCCUUACGGUUGACUUUUAUAGGUCUAUACUUCAUGAUUGAAAGCCUUAUUUAUGCUUCCGCGCUGUUCCAAUUCCAUUCUUUAUGAUUUUAUUUUCAUUUGAGGUCGUUUUCUAAGCUUGUUUAAUAACGCUGAAGGAUCUUUUGUUUUUAUACCUUAUCCAUUAAUUUUAUUUUAUAUUAAGUGUUUUUGAAAUGGUUCUCAGGGGUGUUUUGGUUUCAAGUAAAAACAAGCCCUGGAUUUGAUCAAGGCUACUAUUUAGUACUGCUUAACAUGUUCAUUUCAUCGAGGGUGUAGAGUACUCUUCAAACGAAGAAGUUCCCGUGGGAAGAGAAUCAUUAUAGUCAACUUCAAUGUAAGAUUGUUGAAGAGAAGAUAGUGUGUCGACCACUCUAGGUGGAUUCCAUGAUAAGUUUGGAGCAAUAUCAAUGUCAAGUGCUUCAUAUAAUUACAAGGAAGUGAAGGAUUCCAAGUCUCAUGGAUUUUAUGGAGUUGCUGUAAAGCUGGUGCCUAAUCCAUUUCAGAAAAAUUAGGAAGAUGUAUCAAGUGAGGCAAUGUGGUGAGGCAGUGUGGCAGUAACUUAAUUUGCUGCUGCGGUUUGUGAACCUCUCUCAAGUUGCUCAUCCUCACAUGGUUACAAUCAUUUCCCCUUGAUAUAUGAUUUUCUCCAUUUAUUCACUCUUGUGCAGGGAGCCUCGAGGAUUUGCAUUCGUGGAGUUUAUUAACCCUUCUGACGCUUCUGAGGCUCAGUAUCAGAUGAAUGGACGAAUCUUUGGCGGGAGAGAAAUAACUGUAGUUGCUGCCUCAGAAACCAGAAAGAGGCCUGAGGAAAUGAGCAGCAGGACAAGAUCGAGGUACAUAUGAAAUUAGUCCUCAACUCUGGUGCUGCUGAUUGGUCCUGUGACUUUCCUUAUCUUCAUCCAAUGCAUGCAUGGUCUGCUCACAUGUGACUUCCUUCACAGAGGACCUUCCGGUGGGCGACGAUCCUCUCACUAUGGUAGGCAUUUUCUGAUCUUUUUUUAUUGCUUAAGGAUUGAGGAUACUAAGCUCAAAUCGAUUGUUAAAAUAUUUGUCUAAAAUAGCGCAGUAGUGAUUCAUUUUCCUUGAAACCUUUAUUAUCAUGAGAUCUUCAUUCUUUAUUUAUCUCACUGACUGACAGAAGGUUGGAAUUUUAGCUUUUUCCCGUACAAUAAUGAUGUGAGAUUAUUGGUUCAAACACUCGAGGCUACUCCCGUAAACCUAUUAGGUCAUUGAAUAUGAUAUUGAAUGGUGCAACAAAUUAAUAUAAGCUUGUGAGCAGCUGGUUUGGGCAAUUUCUCUAUUUGGUUUGCUUCAUCUCAUGGUGGAGAUUAUUGCUAUUUUUAAUGGUUAAUUUAUCUGUCCGUCAUUAAUGAACUUCAGAUCGUGACAACUCCCGUUCAGUAUCCCGUUCAAGAUCCCCUCGCCACCCUUCAGAUUCUAGAGGUCGUCAGGAUUCAAGGUACGGUGCAAUCCAUGUCAUGGGCAGAAGUAAUCUCUGUAAAAGAUCGGAUUACUAGAUAGAAUGGUCAACGUUGCAGAUCAUAUUCUCCUGGACCAAGAAGACCCAGGUCCCACUCUGUUUCUCCCAAAAGGCAUUCAAAGAGUGUUAGAUCCCCAAGGGAAUCCCAUGGAGCUGAUGGUGGUCGCCGGUCAUACUCAAAUGGGUAUGACGAUGGCAACCGUGAUCCGGCUGAAAAUGGAAACGAGUAAGUGAGGAUACGCUUGUUAUCUCUAUUUUAUUUGCCUUUCAUCCUUUAAUCAAGAAGAAAAUGUUCCUCUUAUAAAUUGUUGAAUCAUUCGAGCAUCUCUCUCUCGAGCUUGUUCUAUGCAGAAGAGCGAAGUACGAUGCAGAGGGGUCUCACCCCCGUCGUAGAUCUAGAUCUCCGAGACGUGUAUCCCGCUUGGCCUCCCGGUCACGGUCCCGAUCCGUGGACUCGGCGCGUGUCAGCCGAUGA